AUUACUCAGAGUUAACUUUCUUGAAUUGGAAGCAUGGACGUGUACGACGUCACUUCCUGUCGGUCCGCACAAAUUCAACUUGAAUCAAAACUCUGCUUAAAUUGGUAGAACAAUAACACACUUGGAUACAGAAACAUACUGCAGUUUAUACUGAUGUUCUGGCGUUAGUGACUUCAGUCUUAGGGCAUCAUUAGGUAGCACGGAAUGUCUGGGCAUCAUUACAAGCUUCAUGGAUGGCCAAGCAAGCGUUUUUGAUUCGCAUCCUUCUUGUCUGCAUUGCAGUAACCCUUGGCAUGACCUUCUAUCUUGCUUUUACCCCCCUUCAAGAAGCUGUUUGUACUUGCAGUCAUGAGGAUGCUAGAAGAAUUACCCAGACAGGGUCAGAGGUGCAUCCUCGUGAUCCUGAAACAGGUCACAAUGCAGAAAAUGAUGGUCAUCGCUUGGCAGUUCUGGUGCCAUUCAGAGAUCGGUUUGAAGAGCUGAUGGAGUUUGUUCCACAUCUGUCCAGUUUUCUCACAAAUCAAAAUAAGCAGCAUAAGAUUGUUAUAUUGAACCAAGUGGAUAAGUACAGAUUUAAUAGAGCUUCUCUCAUCAAUGUGGGUUAUCUGGAGAUGAAGGCAGAAUGUGACCAUAUGGCUAUGCAUGAUGUUGACCUUUUACCUGUGAAUCCUGAGUUGGAAUACAAGUUUCCAGAGCAAGGUCCAUACCACCUGGCUGCACCUCACUUGCAUCCAUUGUACCACUACAAAACUUUUGUUGGGGGCAUUUUGCUUAUCAGGAAUGAGCACUUUGAAAUGCUGAAUGGUCUUUCAAACCGCUACUGGGGAUGGGGCCGAGAGGAUGAUGAAUUUUAUGUUCGUAUGAAAAAAGCAGGAUUACAAGUCAGCCGUCCUGGAAACCUUACAACAGGAUACAAGUCUUUCAAGCAUAUUCAUGACAAGCGAAAGCGACCUAGAGAUAAUUAUCGUUAUUUUGAUCAAAGGGAGAAAACUAAGCGGUUAGACCGUGAUACUGGGUUGGCUACAGUGAACUAUACAUUAGACAGCCAACGAGAAAUAACGAUAGACACUUAUCCUGUCACCAUACUCAACAUAAUGCUGGACUGUAACAUAGAAAAGACACCUUGGUGUCUGAGACCUGAAGAUCAUGAAUGGUAUUUGAAACAGAGAGACCAACAUGGAGAAGUUCACUGAGUGCAUCCAGAAGUGGCUACUACCAUUAUUUUAAUGGCUUCAUAAUUCACCAGAACCUCUUAAAUCAUGAUUAUUGUUCAUUAUCUUUUUUCCAAUUUCUGCAUAAAGUGGUCUACUGACUACAACACUGCCAAUUGAAGGGUUGAUUAUGGUCCUCAACCCCAAAUCUUGUUUGAAAAAGCUGGAGGAAAGUAUCGGGUUUUGAUGAGGAAAGGACUAUCAAGAAACAAAGGAUCUGAUUCAUGUUCUUCUUUGUGUGCCUGUGACUAUGAAAACCUUGCUUGCUUAGAAUGGCAAAGGUUAUGGGAUGCUUUUUUGUUAAAAUAAAUAACACAUUAGUGUCUUCAGAGAAAUCCGGCAACCCUUGAUUAGAUUUUUUUUUUUUUCAUCUCGGGGUAAAAGUUGCCAUGCCAGAAAUUUUUUAUCUGGACACUUAGUGUAGCUGAAUUGUGUUUUUUAUGUUCAUAUGGUGUAGGGAGAUCUAAUAUAGGAUAGAAGAUGUUAGUACAUGAUCUCACCAAAUCAUUUUCCUUGCGUUAAAGUUAAUGUUGGUGUCUGCAUAUCAGGAAGACAUAUUUGAUCUGCAUAGUACUUCUAGAGUAAAAUGUUGAGAUAACCAAUAUAGUGAUAAAAUUUUGUGUUUAUAUUCCAUAGCUGCAGUUUAAAUUCUUUCAUGGUUCUAAUUUUUCUGGUUAAGGUGCACCUAGACAUUCAUCAUUGUGUAUAACCACACCACGUUGCUACAUUAUACUACUAUUUGCUGAAAUACACAGUGUUCAUGCAUAACUUUUAAUCAUCAUGACAAAUAUUUACCUCCAGAAAAAGUUUGAAAGGUUAAUGGCUUUUAUUUUUCCUGAUAUAAAAUUUUAGAAGUUAUCUAAGGAAAAAGUGUUGAGAAUGAUUUACCUUUAAUAGUAAUGUUGAUUGUAAGAAAUGUUAGAUAAGAAUGUUUUUUGCCAUUUCAGUAUUGAUUUAUUCAUACCCUACUUGAACAUGUCAUUUUUCACUUUGAUAAUCAAAAAUUUAGCAGAAGGACUUUUUUUUGUCGUUUUUCGUCUCAUCCCAAUUUUUCUUUCAUAAUUGUGUUCAGAUAAUGAACUGUUUGCACAGUUGUUUUGGCAGAAUGCUGUUUGUAUCUCACCUUUUUAUUGGUUUGUGUACUUUGCUGUUGUCUAGAUACUGGGUACACAUCAAAUGUGAUAAAUUAACGUUAUUAGGAAGUAGCUGCUCCAAGUUACCUUGACAAAGAGUUUUUUGGAAAUGCAUGAUGAGAUUUUUAAAUAGACAUAGUGUGAUACUUUCUACAGUUUAUGCUUUUUAUUGUACAUCUGAAGGAAAGGAUUAUGUCUCUGCGCAGUUUUCGGUUGGUAUAUAUGGCAAUCAUAGGUGUCAUAGCUGUGGCAGUAGAAUUCAUCAACCCUUCAUCAACCAUUGGCCUUGGAAAAAAAAUUUAUUGGUAUUGUUGGUUACAUGAAUUUACUGAGGUUGGAAACAAAUAUUGUUGCUUAUCUGGCUUGUAUAAAAUAAUACUACUGUGUUCAUACAACAAUGAACCAAAGAUAUUUUCACA